GACCUCCUCGGAAGAGCAGCUAGGGGGGAAGAUCUGGCGGUCGUGGCGGCGGCCGUGGUGGUGCAAGAAAAGGUAAGCAGAUAGUGAGGGCCGAAGAACUGCGGGACUCAGGGGAUGAGGGCGAGGGAGUGGGCCCUCGCAUGCCCGACGAUGAUGAUGAACUGCUUCAGCACGCUGCGCCCAUCGACACGACGCGGUGUUUCUUCCUCGAGUACGACGAGCGGGGUUUUGCUAAGCAAAAAGUCCUUCCUGUUCUUGUGGAUGUCAUGAAAAUCAAACGCAUUCCCUGCGGGAAUAUUCUUUUCAACCACUGCUCUUUGUCUGCGAACAUUGUGCGAGGCAUCGUGAAUGCCAUCGAGAGUUCCAUCACCACGGAACCGGGGGCGUGGGAUAGGCCUGAGCUCGUGCUUGCGCCGGUUGACCGCAACGACAUCGUUGGCGGGCAGGGUAGGCGGAUAACACCGACCGAAUUCUUGGAAAGAGACUCCUCGGAGUUCGAUUGGUAUGCUGUCUGUGGUCAGCAUACGGUCGAGGUCAUGAAGACAUUGGUAAAAAAGGGCUCUCCGGCAGUCGACGUCUAUGGCCUUCGCGCGUACUCUAAGGUGCGGGUCGUCUAUUUUGGAGAUGAGCAGACGCGAGGGUAUUUCAAUGUCUCCGCCUUCGACAACACUCGCGAAAAUCGGGCCAUGAUGUUGUCCUUCGAGGAUGCUGUCCGUGAUAUGAGGCAAUGGUGGAUCGAUAACCAUCGAAUCGAGCCCCCGAAAGGCAAGGUCAGCGAUAAGGAUGCGGUCGCCGUUGCGCACCAAAAGAAGUGGCAAAAUUUCUUAAGGGCCUCCAUGGGAAAGACAUGCGACAAGGCGUUCGUGAAGCAGGCGCUCGAGAAUGAGUAUAGUAAGGAUUGGAGCAAUAAACUCCGUGGCUACAUGAACCUCGCCACAUCCACCGAGGCUGUGUGGCCACUGGUCGAGAAGUUCUUCGAGAUGUUCAACGAGGGGAAGCUGCCAGUUGGUGAUGGUAAAAUACCGCUUGACGUGCCGGGUAGGGUGGAGGGGCGCCAACCAGGCCCGUACACCGACGAGACGAAGGGGCAAAGAACAUUAUACCAUUGCAUAUACGCGAGAGAUGGUCCCAAAGGCUCCACCGUGUCGUGGAAGGAUCUAUGUCCUUCCUACUUCAAAAAUUUUGGGGAUUUGACGUGCCGCGAGAGGGAAGUUGCACUGCUCCUCCUCAUGAAAGGGGAGGUGGUCGCGACGAACGUCAAGGUCAUGCCUCCGAGAGUGAAUACGGAGUGCCUCCUCGACAUCAUGCACAAGGAAUGGUACAUGGUUCCUAUGUUCAACUACGUUGUUUUUCGCGCCGAGGGAAGGGCGGACGAUGAGUGGAAUGAUGCCUUCUUCAUGUCAUACAAGGACCUCGAAGACAGGUGUGGGCCGAACGGUCUGUGUGCAGCUGAAUGGGAGAAGGAACGGGACAAGCUGCAUGUCAGCAAAGUGAAGACGGUCCCUCGACGACUCGGAGGGGUGGAGGAGGCAAGGCAAGGAUCAGGUUUGGGCCCUACGGCGGCAAUGUAUAAGGAGGCUCCGUUCCACUUUAAGGUGUUUGUAUACACCUCAAUCGAUAAGCUCGAUCUGCUUCGGGCGGAGGUCAAACGGGUCGCCUCCAGCGCACGUCAUAUCGUGUGGGAUAAACUUAAAAAACAAACAACAUUGCUACCGGUGUGCAUGCCAUUGAAGGAAGUGCUGGCUGCGCCAGACGACAUCGUUGCUGCGGCGCAAAAAAUGACCUGCAGGGCCGUCAUCCUUGACAUCUCCCCCGCUAAUUUCUGCACGACAUGGACCUCUCAAGAGUUCGACGCUCUGCACUCUAUGGUGACUAAGUGUUAUGGCUCUAAUUGGGUUCUUUUUGUCUUCGCACCGCAGAAGGUGCAAAGUGAUGUUCUGCGUUGCUUAUUCCAGUGGGAGGACAUCGAACUCAUCCUCGGGACAUGGAAACGGGUGGACAGGCCAUCGAAUGACAUCAUGAGGUAUGGCAAUAUCGCUACGGCGAGUCGAGACAUGAUGGUCAUUGUCCUGCACGCGGAGGGAGGGGAUCUCAGAAAGGUCACGGUCGCACCCCGCCUAGUCAAUGACCUUACAAACGUGCAUGUUGUGGAGGACAAGUUCGGGAAGUGUCUGGGGAAACACGGUGGCAUAGAGGGCGAUGAAAGUGUGGUGUAUUCCAUCUGGGAGCGAGAGCCUGGCAAGUUGCGUUCGUUGUGUGGGUCAUUCGUCGGGGAGGCGGAAGGUGUGCUUUUAUUGGGUAGGGCGCACGCGGGUCUUGUGUGGGAAUUAUUACUGGCAGGGAAUAAUGUCAUUGCCUGUGACGAGUCGGCAAAGGACAUUGCAUACUUGACAAAGUUCAUCGAUAUACUUGUCAAGGACGACAGAUUCAACUGCCACAUCGAGAAACCGCGUUCCAAACAUCGCCCGAACAGGGACAUGUUCCACAAGUUGGGGCCUAAGAAACUGAAGGUGUGGGAGUACUUGUUCCGCGAUAUGCCACAAGGACGGCUUGACGGGAAAUAUAUAUACAGGAAAGCAAAGGCAACAGAGACCCUCAAACAUUAUCAUGGUGCUCUCACUGGCGCCUUCGAGACUUUUGUUGCUCGAUGCGAGAUCCUCAAGUUCGAUCUUCGCAAAGACAAAUUGACGUCCAAGGACUACGCGGAGCUCGCGAAAUCGGGCGAUGGCUUUAACCCCGUCGACAGCGAGGAAGAUUCUUCGGACUCCGACCUCGAACUGGGCGAGGACACAUGUGCUGAGGUUCCGCCCGGUGGAAUGGUGCAAGCUCACGAAGACGGAACUGUCCAUUCACACGGAUGGUCCAUCACGGUGGCCGCCCCAAGCGUCGCCUCAAUGGUGGCCCCGUCCGAGAGGGCUGCAUUGCAAGACAUUGGAAGAUGCGGUGGCAAUGAAGAAGACGACAUUGAGAUACCAGGCGAGGCGUCGACGCUCGCACCAGGCGAUGCAAUUCCUUCAGGCUACUGUGCUGACCCGGACACGAUAUAUUUCUUGGAGGGCAAACACACCCACACAGGCGAGGAUCAGUGGGGCCAUGACAUCAUAUGGCAUGAGGGCGUUUUACAGCCGUGCAUCCAAGAUGGGGAGUGGAAGAUGGCGGUGAAAUACACAAGCGGUUGGAAGACUUUUCGCCGGAUGUCAAAGGACAUAUGGUUGAAAACGACAGAACUCGCGAUCCUGCAUCGCGUGCGCGUCGAGAAUCCAGAGCAGAGCGAGGCCGCCAUCAAAGCCAAGGCCGAAGAAUUGUUUCAUGUCUUGCGCGACAAUCGACAACUGGAGUACAGCAACAAAUUUUAUGCCCUGCGCUCGAGUCCCUCACGCGGGUCAAUCAAUUGGAAGGUUGAUCAAACCGCCAGAACCUUGGAGGGGAGCUGCUCUCAUGAUUUCAUGCCUUCGGUUGAGCCGGCCUCUGUGGCCGCGCAAGCAGGGCACAGGGGAGAUGACGGGACUACUGUUGUCGGGCCUCAAGAGGUUGACAUCACGUCUAAGCCGCAAAUAUCGGAAAAUUCCAUCUCGGUCGCCACGAAACAAUCGUCCUCACCCAUCGAUGUGUCAACGACGUUGCCGUCGGAUGCAGGUGCCACGCACGGGAGUUUAUUGAUAACAAAUGCUGCAAUGCAAGGCAGAUCCGAGAUCGAGUCAGAGUCUGAUGUUGGGCUGAGCAUGGCGGAGAGUCAGUUGCAACCGUCUUUAUGCACUGGCAAAGGUGAUGCACAAUUACCGCUGACACCACAGGGAGGGGCCGGUGGGGAUGGCGGGAAGGGAGAGGAUGUGGAGGGAAUGCACCGUUCUUGUAACCUCGACACCUUAACCGCUGAUAUUGAUUAAAAGGGUGAGGGUGGGUGAGGGGGGAGGGGUGCAAUUGGAGGGGGAGAAUCUAGUGAUAUGAUUACAAC